AUGAGGUCUGCCGCAACGCUUGCGGCCAGCUCGCUCCUGGCUUCCGUUGCACAGGCACAGGUGGUACAAUGGAAUAUCCAGAAGCGAGAAGCUAAGCCCAAGGAGGGACUCAUCAAGCGCGCGGCCUCGACAUACACAGAAGUCAUCACCAACGAGGAGGCAAGAGGUGGCUAUUUCGCGACCGUCUCGAUCGGCACACCGAGUCAGAACUUGACUUUGCAAUUGGACACUGGAAGCAGUGAUAUCUGGGUUCCAUCAAGCGAGGCCUCCAUAUGCUCAACGUCGGGAAGGACUUCGAGCAGCAGCAGUAGCGGCUGCACAUUUGGUUCUUUCGAUCAUUCAGCUUCAACCUCCUACACGGUUGUGGGUCAAGGUGAAUUUAGUAUUUCAUACGUCGACGGAAGCUCGUCCAAGGGCGACUACUUCACGGAUGAUUUCGAAAUCGGGGGCGCCAGUCUCACCAAUGUUACCAUGGGCUUGGGCGAGGAGACUGAUAUCGCAUAUGGUUUGGUUGGAGUUGGUUACGCCAUUAACGAGGCCAUUGUUGGCACGGAGCAGUCCUACUCUGCGGCCUACGACAACCUGCCUGUGCAGAUGAAGAAUGAAGGUCUCAUUGCCACCAACGCCUACAGCUUGUGGCUCAACGAUCUCGACGCCAGCACCGGUCAGAUUCUCUUUGGUGGAAUCGACACAGACAAAUACGAGGGCGAUCUCAGCCGGAUCGACAUCAUUCCUGAUACCAACGGCCGCUACAGCUCCUUUGAGGUAUAUCUCACGUCAGUCGUCGCCAACUCAUCGUCUGGCUCCGACACAUUGAGUUCAACCGAGUAUCCUAUUCCAGUUGUGCUGGAUUCUGGUACCACUCUGAGCUAUUUGCCCAACGAUCUUGCUCGACAAGUCUGGCAGGAGGUCGGUGCUAUCUACUCUAGCGACGUUGCAUCUGCUGUUCUCCCUUGUUCCAUGGCCAAUAGCGCUGGACAAUUUAUCUUCCAGUUCGCUGGUAGCAAUGGCCCCAAGAUCUCCGUCGGCAUGGAUGAGCUUGUUCUUUCUCUCGUCACCUCCGGUACUGGUCCUACUUUUGACUCUGGUGACUACAAGGGCCAAGAGGCUUGUCAGUUCGGUAUCCAGAACUUCAGCAGCGACCCUUUCCUGCUGGGUGACACUUUCCUGCGCUCCGCUUAUGUCGUUUAUGACUUGGAGAACAACCAGAUCGGAAUUGCCAAGACCGAUUUUAACGCAACUACCUCUAAUGUUGUGGCCUUCGCUAGUGAAGGUGCCCAAAUCCCGAGCGCCACCGCUGUUGCCAACCAGGUCACUGCCUCCGCAGGAAGCGGCUCGGUGACUACUCCUACCUACGGUGCCAGCUCUGGCUUUGGUGUCAAGAGCGCUGCCUCUACGGUUCCUGCUUUUGAAUGGGCACAGGUCGGUGUUAUGGGAGCUGCCACUCUAUUCAUGUUUGUUGGCAGCGGUUUCUUCUUGUUGUAG